CUCCCCCUCAGGCUUUGCCCUGCAGCUGGUGCCUGGGGGGUGGCAGCAGGCAGGGAGCGGCUCCCACCCGCGUGUCCGAGCCCUGCAGAGCACCAGGAGCCCCCUCGUGCUCCCCACCCGGCCACGGAGAGGAGGCAGCUGAUAAGGAGGCAGCUGAUAAGGAGGCACGCCGAGGGCUGCUCCUGUCCCUCUGCUCCCUCCCACAAAGUCCACGUCCUCAGGUCGACCUCUCGCACUUGUCCCCCGAGGAGAGAUGGAGGGUGGAACACGCCCGGAUGCACGCCAAGCACCGCGGCCACGAGGCCAUGCACGCCGAGAUGGUCCUCAUCCUGAUCGCCACGCUGGUGGUGGCGCAGCUGCUGCUGGUGCAGUGGAAGCAGAGGCACCCCCGCUCCUACAACAUGGUGACCCUGUUCCAGAUGUGGGUGGUGCCCCUGUACUUCACGGUGAAGCUGUACUGGUGGCGCUUCUUGGUCAUCUGGGUGCUCUUCUCAGCCGUCACAGCUUUUGUCACCUUCAGGGCAACCCGAAAACCUCUGGUACAGACGACGCCCAGGCUGGUUUAUAAAUGGUUUCUGCUAAUAUACAAGAUCAGCUACGCCACUGGAAUCGUCGGGUACAUGGCCGUGAUGUUCACGCUCUUUGGUCUUAAUUUAUUGUUCAGAAUCAAACCAGAAGAUGCAAUGGAUUUCGGCAUCUCCCUCCUCUUCUACGGUCUGUACUAUGGGGUCCUGGAGCGGGACUUUGCCGAGAUGUGUGCAGAUUACAUGGCCUCGACGAUCGGGUUCUACAGCGCCUCGGGGAUGCCCACCAAGCACCUCUCCGACAGCGUCUGCGCCGUCUGCGGCCAGCAGAUCUUCGUGGACGUCAACGAGGAGGGGAUCAUCGAGAACACGUACCGCCUCUCCUGCAACCACGUCUUUCACGAGUUCUGCAUCCGCGGCUGGUGCAUCGUCGGGAAGAAGCAGACGUGUCCCUACUGCAAAGAGAAGGUGGAUCUCAAGAGGAUGUUCAGUAACCCCUGGGAGAGGCCGCACGUGAUGUACGGGCAGCUGCUGGACUGGCUGCGCUACCUGGUGGCCUGGCAGCCCGUCAUCAUCGGACUGGUCCAGGGCAUCAACUACAUCCUGGGCCUGGAGUAAGGGAGGGCGGCGGGCAGCCGCGGAGCCAGGCGAGGCCGCGGGCCGGGGGCAGAGGACAGCAGCCGGCCGGAUCCGUCGCAUCCCGGCCGCCCCCGAGCGCCGCGGCACCGAGGACUCGUCCCUGGGGCGACCCCCAGCCAAGCAGCAGCUCCCGCGAGGACCCCGGGGGGAGCCUGUUUUUUUUAAAAGCAGUUAUUUUAAUGAGCGUAUUUAAAACUUUCUAUUGCAGACAGAAGAGACGGGUUCGGCACGGUUCCCAGCCCCGGGGCCGUGGCUUGCUCCUGCGGGAGGGAGGCUCUCGUGCUGCUGCCUCUUGGGGCCGUUCGACUCCCGUCCAUGGAGCAGCCCGGGCGAGGAAGGGCUGGGGCAGCACAACGAGGUUUGGGGCUCAUCUCCCUGCCAGGAGGAGGUCGGGGACAGGGACAGCUCCCAGGACAGAGGGACGCGGGGCUGCCCUGGUGCCGUGGGCUGAGCUCUUCCCCACGGGGAGGGAAGGAUCCUGGUCCCCUCCGCUGCCCCCCAGCCUCUGCCCACCUUCCCCUUUUGUACGCUCCCCUCUUUUCUAUGUCCCCCUGCGCAUCCCCGUGCCCCACCAGGGCUGGUGCUGUCCUCAGCCUGCCAGGAUGUGGGGCGGGGGGGGCUUUUCUCCCCCUGCACCCCCUUGGUGGUGGCACACAGAUCUGGUGUUUGGCGAGGUGGGCAGGGCUGGUGGCACCAGCAGAGCGAGGCCUCCCCCAGCCCCCCGGGUUUGGCUCGGGGUCUUCCUCGUGCUGCAGGGAUUGGGGAAGUGGCUGGCACCGUGGUGUGCCGGGGGGGCUGCCCCCAGGCCCUGCUGAGCCCUGGGUUUGUGUGGGGUGAAACUGCCCCACGCUGUGCCAAACACACACACAGUCCCGGGCACUGCUGUGACCCGGGGAUUUUCUCGCUCGUCCCGCCUGUGCUGUGGCCGGGUGGCAUUUCCUCCUCCCUCCCCUGCACUGGUGGCUUCUUCAGCCCCCCCCCGGGCGCUGACCACCAGCCCCAGCACCUUGUGGGUGGUGGGACGGGGCUGGGCAGUGCUGAAGGUGCUGGGCUGCAGCCCCGGUGCCCACGGGCGCUGCGGGGAGGACGCGGGCACGGAGCUGACCGUGGGUGGGGGAGAGGUGGGGGCUGCGGGUGCUGGGCCCUGUCACGGCGCCAGCACUGCCCUUCCCGGAGUUGUUAAUAAAAAAUGCCAGAAAAUUCA